GGGGUGGCGGAAAGUCCCGAGCGCUGUGAGGAGAACGGCAGCGGCGGCAGAGAGAGAAAUGGUGGAGAAAGAGGAAGGGGAGGGGGGGCCCGGCGGCAUCAGCGAGGAGGAGGCGGCGCAGUACGACCGUCAGAUCCGUCUGUGGGGGCUGGAGGCCCAGAAACGGCUGCGGGCAUCUCGUGUGCUGCUGGUGGGGCUGCGUGGUCUCGGUGCAGAGGUGGCCAAGAACCUCAUCCUGGCAGGGGUGCGGGCGCUCACCAUGCUGGACCACCACCAGGUGUCCCCUGAGGACACGCGGGCGCAGUUCCUGGUCCCUGCUGGCUCUGUGGGGCGCAAUAGGGCCGAGGCAUCGCUGGAGAGGGCACAGAACCUCAACCCCAUGGUGGAUGUCAAGGCUGACCCCGAGAACGUCGAGAGCAAACCUGAAGCUUUCUUCACCCAAUUCGAUGCUGUGUGCGUGACGUGCUGCUCUCGGGACGCCAUGCUGCGCAUCGACCACAUCUGCCACCAGAAUGGCAUCAAGUUCUUCGCCGGCGACGUCUUCGGCUACCACGGCUACGCCUUCGCCGACCUGGGGGAGCACGACUUCGUGGAGGAGAAAACCAAAGUGGCCAAAGCCAACAGCCCUGCGGUGGAGGAUGGACCCGGUGCCAAGAGGGCAAAGCUGGAUGCUGCGGAGACCACCAUGGUGAAAAAGCGCAUCCACUUCUGCCCAUUGAAGGAUGCUCUGAACCCGGACUGGAGCAGUGAGCAGGCGCAGGCAGCGCUCAAACGCACCUCCCCAGACUUCUUCCUCCUCCAAGUGCUGCUGCAGUUCCGCACCGAUGCUGGACGAGACCCCCAACCCCAGCACUACACUGAGGACUGCGCACGGCUGCUGAGCAUCCGGGGGGGGCAGCCGGGGGCCGGGGCACUGCCUGACACCUUUGUGGGCUACUGCUUCUCGGAGAUGGCUGCUGUCUGCGCCGUGGUGGGGGGUGUCCUGGGCCAGGAGGUGGUCAAGCCACCCGGACAGGAAGCGGAAGUGGUUCAUCCGCGCGGGGCACUGUGGGAAAGCGACGGCCGCGUCCGGCGCAACGCCACUAUGGCAGCAGCGUUGGAUGUGGGCUCCAAGGAGCAGAAGGACGCGGCGUUGGAUCGGCGCAUCGCUGCGCUGCGCAAGAAGAACGAGGCUCUGGUGCGGCGCUACCAGGAGAUCGAGGAGGACCGGCGGCGCGCUGAGCUGCGGGGGGGGGGCGGUGACGGCACCACGACGGACGCGGGACCCCCAACGCCGCUAUGGGGCUACGGAGCAGCCCCCCCGCAGCGCCCCCCGGAAACCCCCCACUGCCACCCCCAGACCCCCCCGGACCUCCACGCGCCCCCCCAGGACGAAGCGCCCCCUACCCAAAAUAUGGGGGGUGGCGACGGGGUCCAUAUGGCUGUAGGGGGGGGGCGGGGGGGGCGCGGGCGGAGGGCUCGGGGUCGGGGGGGCAGCGGAGCUGCGGGGGCGGGGGGGGACGGCGUCGAUCGACGGAACCAGGAAUGGGAGGAGCGACGGCGGCAGAACAUUGAGCGGAUGAAUGAGGAGAUGGAGAAGAUCGCGGAGUACGAACGCAACCAGCGGGACGGUGUCCACGAGCGGAACCCCGUGAGGAACUUCUUGGAUGACCCCCGGCGCUGCGGCCCGGCGCAGGAGGAGGGCAGCCGACGGCACGGCCGCAACUGGGGGGGCCCCGACUUUGAGGGCGUGAGGGCGGGCAUGGAGCGCGAGAAGGGCCGCAGCCCGAAGGCGGCUGACGUGACGCUGUCCAUGACGGGCCGGGAACGCGCCGAAUACGAGCGCUGGAAACGGGAACGGGAACGGAUCGACCGCGAGCGCCUGGCGCGGCACCGGCAGCCCACCGGGCAAUGGCGGAGAGAGUGGGACGCACACAAAUCCGACAGCAUGUUUAAGGACGGCGCCCCCCCCUCGGAUCCUGCCCCCCACAACCCCCCCAGUUUGCCCCCCCCCCGCACGGAGCGCCGUCGGAAGGGUCGGGGCCGCAGCCCCCCCCCCUCCAAACCCUACAGCAUGCAUGACGACCGCUGGGAGGAAGAGGAGGGAGUGGAGGAAGAGCAGCAGCAGCAGCAGGAGACACGGACCCCCCCCCCCGGAUGAUGAGGACGAAUGGGAGGACGUCAGCGAUGACGAUGGCGACGCCGCCCCCCCCCCCGCCCCCCCCAGCGUCCCCCCCCCACAAAAACAGCGCCGCCCCCCCCCCGCCCCCCCUCAGGGAUUGGGGGGAAGAGAUGGAGAAUGGGGCCCCCCCCACGGCCCCCCCCGAGAGCACAGAAGCCGCCCCCCCCACGCCCCCCCCCGGCGCCGCCGUGGAUUUGUCUGAUUUCCUCCGGGUGCGUUUCCGUAAGAGCUGAUUAUUAAGAGCCCAUUAACGACUUUAUUGUUAAUUAAUUAAUUGAUUGAUUGAUUGAUCACCCUACUAACUUAAUUAAUUAGCCAGGGCGGUGGCCUUAUUGCCCCCCCACCCAACCCCCCCCCCUUCCCAACCAUAAAGCACUGCACAGAUCCUGCCCACCCCCCCUCCCCCCCAAUUAAGUUAUUAAUUAUGCUGUUAUUUAUUAAUUAAGGGGGGAGUGGGGGGGGGCGGCAUGAUUAGAUUAAUAAUUAAGUUGUCCCCUCCCCCCCCCCCCCCAUACAGACUUGAGAGCGCCGCGGAGAUCCCGACCCCCCCCCCCCAAUAAACAUAUGAUUGUUAAUUA